CGGGUUGCCAGGUUGACUGCGUGUUGUUGAGGCUGAUAGGAGGAUGCAACCACACAAACCUGGCAACUGGGACUAUGCGCUGGUAGCAGCAGCCAGUAUGGCGGACAGCGAAAGUGAUUUGGAAACAGACGGACUUGAAUCAGCUCUGGACUCACUGUGUGACAGACACUGCAGCGACGAGUCGACCCUGAACAGCAAAGACUACUGCUCUGAGUUCUGUGAGCUGGUUGAGGACUACACGGGGCAAUGGCAAGUUCCUCUUCCCCAGCUGAAGCUGCUGCGGACAGCACUCAGCAGUUUCACCAAAGCCACUGCUGCCUUCCCCGAUGACUGUCAGCACAUCUACCAUGUCCUCAGUAGCCUGGCCUUGAGCUUCUUUGAACUCAUGCUGUUUUUCAGCAAAGAAGAAUUUGUGGAAGCGCCUUUAAAAAACAUCCUUGAUUCCUUUCAGGAGUGUCACUUUCAGCUGCUAAGGCACAGGAAUGGCUACUUUCAGCAAGUGAAGCAGACCAUCAAAGCAGGCGGCCCAUGGGAGAAUCCAGUACUGCAAAGAAUCCUGAAGGAGGCAGACUUGCCACCCAAAGAGGUUGAUGAAUUCUUGAGCUCGGAGUUGCCGGUGUUCUUGGAGCUCCGGGUUCGGUACCUGCAGGCCUGUGAACGUAUGCAGGAGGCCAUGGGCCUGGCUAAAAGCUGCCUGGAGAAUCGUGAGGCUGGAAAGCAUCUGUUCUUUCAUCAGGCUUACCUGACCUGUCUCUGCAAGGCGUCACUGCACGAACAUCUUCACAAGGAGAUGGCAGAGAUAGACGGCCGAGAUGCAGUGGAGAUCAUCUGCAACACAGAGAGUGUGGAGAAGGAUGAGCUCCUUUUGUCACUGUGUAAAGCUUUCCUUACUCAGCAUCUUCACAAUGGGGACAUGUAUUACAUCUGGGACCUGGUGUUCAUCUGGAGUAGGCUGCACCUUCGGGCCCAUCCGUCAAGACAAGGCUUCCUGGCUGAGUGCCUAAAGUUGGCUUCCUCUGCUACCAAUGUCAGAGCCAUCUUCCCUUUCAUCAAACUGCUCACCACAGAGGUGGGAAGUGAAGGGAUCCAGGUCUGUGUGGAGCUUUGUGCCAGGGCCCUGCAGCUGUGUGACAUGCAGGCCGACUCUGUGACCUGCUCUCUGGUCUGCAAGACCAUCGCCUUCCUUCUGCCUCAUGACCUGGAGAUCUGUCGAGCUUGUGCUCUGCUCGUCUUCUGUCAAGAACGCAGCCUGGAGGCUUACAGAACCGUCUGCCUGCUUUAUAUGCAUCCCGACCAGGAGCCACAUCCAAACAACAGCCCUGUCCGGACCAAUGUCCGCUUCCAUAUUCUACAGAUGAUGAAGGAGCGCUUGUGUUUUGACCCUGAGUUCUGGAACCUCCUGACCAUCAGGACCCAUUGCAUGGAGCUGAUAAGUGACAAGGUCAUGAAGGCUGCUGUUAUGAAUGAGAUGAAAGAAGAAGAAAGGGAAUACAGUGAAGAGCUGUCAACAAAUUGUUCAAAUGACUCAUGUUCUCAAGAUCGCAGUUUGUGCAAGUGCACUGAAGCUACAGUUGCGAAGCAAGAACUUCCAGAAAAGCAGAUUGUAGACAAACAGGCAGAAAAGUGUGUUCCUCCAACAGAUAAAGUUCCCUUGAAGAGGAGAAAAUGGAAGAGAAGGCAACGAAGGAGAAAACAUUCUGUGUCUGAUGAUGAAGCAGAGCCUCGUGAUGAUCCAGAGUUCAAAUACAAUCUCCAGCCCACCUCUUUGGGCAAUAAGCCCAUGUAUUCACUAAGACGCAGUCACACUGACAAGGAAAACUCUGCUUCCACAAAGUUCCCUCUAAACCGCAAAAGAGAGUAUCUGUCUCGAUGUGUGAAGAGCCAAAUUUUGAAAAGGAAAGGCCAGAAGAAACGAUGGCUGCAAGGCCUUCCAAGGCUGGAGCAGGUACAGACUGUGAAAGAGAUAAAGGUCAAAGUUAAAGGGAAGAAACGAGGUCGGAAGCCUUUAUUCAAAUAUGAACUCUCUUAUCCUGAUAAUGAAAUAUUCCUGACAGUAGACGGAUCUGGUUUGGACGAGGAAACUGACACAGAGCUGGAAAUGCCACAUCUGGUGAAUGAACUUGAACAAAAAAGCGAAAACCAAGAGACUCAUCUUGAGCCGGUAAAUGAUCUUGAAAAGGAAAAUACUGUGGUUGUGCAAGAUACUGACGUGGUCUGUGUGAAUAGUCUAACUGAACAAAUCCAAGAGGAAUCUCAAACACGGCUUGGCUCAAAGCUUAGUGAAGGUCCUCCUGGUGAGGCUCAAGCUUCCAUCUCUGCCGUCGAAGCUGAUCCUGAGCUCGAUGGCCCACUCUUAGAGUUACUGGAUUGUCCAGUGGAUCUGCUGCACAGCUACUCCCUUAACUCCAGAAAGCCUGACAGUGAAAAACUGCAACCUGAAGAAUCCUCCGCGCCAGAUGGGCUGAAUGGUGAUGCAGAAGAGGAGCCCCUGUCCCAAAUGGAAACAGAAGUCUCUAAACUCAAGGUGAAAACCAAGAGAACGUGGAGGGACAGAAUGCUCCGUACUCAACAAUACGCUCAUUUGGCACACCACUGCACUCUCUGCCGUAAAGACUAUAAAGGCUUGAAUGUUAUGAGGCAUGCUCUCUCACACCUCAAGAGAAGGAAAAUCAGAUGUAUACUCUGUGGAAAACGCUUUAAACAGUUCCCUUUUGCCAAAAAGCAUGUUAUGGACCACUUUGAUGAAAUGUGCAAACAAAAACCCCCUGACAAGGAGCCCUGCACCAUGGACACUCCAGCUGCUAAUGGAGUAGCAGAAAAUGUGGAGAAUCUGAACCAGCCUCAGAAUGAAAUUCAGACUCACAUUUCUGAUGAGGAAAUUCCUGAGCGGAAAACUAGCAGCAAAAUCAAAGUUUCCAGCCUCAAGAGAGAAGAUCGAAUCAUCAGAAACCUCCGCACCCUCAUCAAAAAGACGUCCGUGCUUCACAAAAAGUGCAAGAACCCUAAUGCAAAUAUUUUCAAGCGGGUAGAUUUCAAGGAUGAGCAGGUCGACAUUAAAGACGGCCUGGUGAUCGUACGAGAACCGUCUGUGAUUGAGAGGGAAGGGCCCGAUGAGGGGGAGAAGAAGCCAGCAGAAGAAAAUGGCUACGGUGUGGACAUCACAUAUCACCUGUGCCCGUCAGUGUUGUGUGAUCGAGUAUUUUUGAAGGUCAGCACCACACUGACGAAGCACGCUCUCAAAUGCCACAUAAAGGAAGAGGACGUGCUGGAGAAGACUUUUAUUUGGGCCAAGCACAAGUGUACCCUCUGCCUCAGGCAGUUGCAGUUUCUCCAGAAUUAUAAAGACCACAUGAAAUUCCAUGAUAGUCCUCUGCAACACUUCUGCUACCAUCUAGAGUGUGACCAGCGUUUCUUGACGCAGCAAGAACUGAAGGACCACGUGAACACCCACAAGCCCUUCAGACCCCAGUGUCCCUUCACAGACUGUGAGAAGCUCUUCUCGAGCCUUCAAGGCCUCUACGAUCACGAAUGGAGACACUACAUCCCAGCUCCUCAAAGAGAGGAGUUGGAGUUAAAGGCCGACAGAAAGAUAAAGCAAAAUUCGGAAGCUCCGUGGAAGCAGAGGGUGAAGGUCGAGGAGUUGUGGCUGCAGAAUAAAAAGGGACAGAGGGAAAGUCCUAUCCCAGAUCACGUCGAGGCCUCGCAUGUUGAGGAUCUCAGAGAAAUGAGCCAAACCGAGAAGCAGGAUUGUGAAGCAAAUCUUUCAAACAGCAGUGAAGACCUGUCGAAAUCAGAUGAUCUUACAGAGAAACCAGUCAGUCAUGAUGACAGCGAAGCCACUAUCAAUGGAUUUGAGGAUGUGGCAAGUUCCCAUGCUGGAAGUAAUUCAACCACUCCACCUAAGAAAGUUCGAAAAAGAACGAUAGUCCAGUUGGACCCUCUGAAUGUCCGAGACCUUGAGGAUUUGUCCACUUUGGUUGAGGGAGUCCAGCAGAAGCUGGGAGAGCCGCACAUCACCGAGCACAAGACCUUCAGACCCGAGGAUCCGUCCUACGCCACGUUCGUCAAAGCCCCCUUCAUCCGGCCGCCGCCCUCCACCUACCUGGAUGAAUCUGUGCUCUCCAUGCGCAAGAGGAGGGCCACCGAGGAGGUUGGUCAGAGGAAAAAUGUCUACUGGAGCAAUAAGAAGAAGAAGGAGCCCGAGCUCAAGAAGGAGCAGAAGGUGGACAACACGGCCCCUGAGCAGAAGAUCAGACAACGCUGUGACAAAUGUUUGUCCUCCUUUGGCAGCUUAGAAGAACUAAAGAAACACCAAGCACUCAACACCUGCUCUUCACUGUUUGGCUUCGAUUCUGACGAUGAAAGUUAGUGCUUGAAGAGGAGCUGAAGCUGGAAUGACCAUUAUACUCCGUCACCUGGCUCAGGGCAAACCUUGAACAUAGAUCAACACUGGAACCUUUUCUUAACACUCAGAUACAGAUAACACUCAGAUUAUUGCAUUCAUGGACACCUGUGUGUCAACAAAGGCAGGAUAUGUGCCAAAAUGGUUAUUUGGAGGAUUUUAUUUAUUCAUAAAUAACAUUUAUAAAAUAUUUGGAGGAUUAUAUUUAUUCAUAAAUCUUCUUAAGCAAUAAGUGAAUCCGUGUUAAAUAUUCCUUUUCGGUCAAAUCAGUGAUAAAUCAAUAAUUUCCUUCAAUAUUUUAUCACAUUUGAAAACAAAAUGGGACUUUUUCUUCUCGUCGUAUCUAAAAGUUAUUCUGGAAAAUGUGUGAUAACUAGGAAACCAAAUACAGCCCAGGACAGCCUCCCGAGAGUAAAAGUACACAAUAGUAUCUAUAACAUAACUUCACCCUGAUCAGUAUUUAUUUUUAGACCACAGAAUGACAGUGUUGUAAUGACAAAACCUUUCUGGACCUAACACACCGCUGUUAAGUUCGUAUGGUAUGGAUUUUACCUGCAGCGCAUCACGAUCAGUGUUUUCAGCUUCAUGAAACAUUCUGAAGUUGUGGUAAUUAAUGAAAAGUUGAGCAGCACGGUGUGUAUGUUGCUCUCUCUGUUAUGAAUGUACAGUCUUCCAGAUGAAUCAUGUGCCGCUCUGAGUUCUUUGUAGAGAGGUCGUAUGAAAAAACAUCCAAUUAUACACGACGAUAACUGUGGACAUGUGUUGGUCGUGUUCUUUUUCCACGUCUCUAAAUUACAAGAUUUUAUUUUACUUUUCAAUAAAUCCUCCAAACCUUUGUCAAAUAACUUUUAAAACUGAAAGAGGACGUGUUUCCAGUGCGUGUGAGCUGCUGCUUGUUUGUAACAAGGCUCAACAGUGUUUACCUUUUGUUAACUGGACUUCUGGUGAUGGCAUGUCAACAUUGAUCAAAAUGUCUGAAACCAUGUAAAUCAGCCUUCGUACUGUCACAAUAAUUCUCUGUACAGCAUAGGAGUUAUUCAUAAUUCUAUUAGUGCCAAUACUGAAUCAGUGUUAGACUGUAGGCGAAGAUUGAACAUUGAACCAGUGACACCAGUUUGCUUUGAAUUUCAAAGAUCAUGUAUUUCAUCCUGUUGAAUAUCUGAGACCGGUCCUCAGUUGUGUAUAUACUUAUGAGAAGGUUGAUCUGUUUGAUAACUUUUUAACGUAAUGUUUUUAUGGGACUGUGCACUUAAACCUGCUUAUUUAUAUGUAAAAAUGUGAAUAGAUUGGAUUUGUACAGGUAAUGACUCCUCAUCUAUUUUUCAUAAAGAAAAGGUGAUUAAAUUUGUUUGAAUAAACAAACGGUGAAUCUAAA